GGGCAAAGAAUAGAAGCUUAAGGGGGUUGCUUUUGCAAGAACUUUUAAUGAGCACGCCUGGGCUGUUUGGACAUGUUGUCAGGGCGAGGCAUGUGAAAGAGCUGCAGGUAUACUGAACAGGUACUUGGUGAUAGCACUCAUGAACCGGUGAGGUAAGAAAGACCUGGUGUUUGAGUCUCUGAGAAGCUAUAUUCUCUGUGAACUGAAAACUAUGGCUGAAAAGGAGUGAAGGAGUUGAUUAGUAUGAAUAAAUGCUCCAUCAAUGGACAACCUACUAUGGCCGACGUAACACAUCUUGCAUACCUAUCAGAAGAAUUGAUUUUUCUGAAACAUCUUUUGGGGAAAUGUUUAGACUGGAUGGGUACUGUUGCUCUGGUUAUAUUUGGUAUUCCUCUCUUCAUAAUCUUUCUUCUCUACCUUUCUGCUUUAUUCCUCCUAAUAUAUCAGAAAACUCAUAACCUGAAAGGAGAUUAUUACAGUAACGUAUGGGAUGAUGCACGAUUGAUUUUAUCAACCAUGUGGGAUAAAUUUGCAAGAUUUUGGAAUGGUUAUGAACUACAUGGAACAGAAAACCUACCAGAUGGACCAGCUCUACUUAUUUAUUAUCAUGGUGCAAUACCUGUGGACUACCUGUACUUUUUAACCAGAUACUUUAUUUUAAAACGUCGGUGUUGUUACUCAAUAGCAGAUGACUAUCUUUUCAGAUUUCCAGGCAUUAAAUCUUUAACAAACUUGAUGCACAUCUUGCCUUCCUCAAGGGAAGAAUGUUUAAAUAUUCUAAAAAAUGGUCAUCUGUUGGGAAUUUCUCCAGGAGGAGUUCGAGAAGCACUCUUUAGUGAUGAAUCUUACAAACUUGUAUGGCAUAAGCGUAAAGGUUUUGCUCACCUGGCUUUAGAUGCUAAAGUGCCCAUCAUUCCGAUGUAUACACAAAAUGUACGGGAAGGAUUUAGGGUCUUUGGGCGAACAACAUUAGCAAGGUGGGUAUAUGAACAUAGUCGAUUGCCUAUCCUUCCUCCAUAUGGUGGAUUACCAGUCAAAUUUCGUACAUAUAUUGGAGAACCCAUUCCGUAUGAUCCAAAUAUUACUGCUGCAGAAUUAGCUGCUAAGACGAAGGCUGCACUUCAGUCAUUAAUUCGAAAGCACCAGCAAAUCCCUGGAAACAUGUUUAAAGCACUAAUGGACAGAUUUCAUAAUGAAAAAGAAAAGGACUGAAAUGAACUCUUACUACCAUUAUGUAUUGUUUUAUUUUUGCUCCCAGGAAAAAAUAGAGAUGCUUAGGAAAUAUUCUACCUCAAGUGUUGAAGCACCUUGACCAGUAUGGGAUACUAUUAAUAUGCCUGGAAGUGGGAAGUGGCAUUAGCUGCUCUGAUUUAGGCUGAAAAACAUUCUAGGCCAAUUGUUUCAUUAUAUUACAUUAAAUUAUAUUGUAAAUUAUGAAAAGUUUCAGUAUUAGAUUUCUCUUGGCUAAGAGAUAUGUUGAUAGGCAUGAUAUUCCUGCAAAGUGUUUUCACAAUAAUGAAAUAUUUUUAAAAUACUUGGUUGGGCAGUACUUUCAUUAGAAUUCACCAAAUUGCCACAAGAGUGUGGCGAUCAUAUUCCAGUUCCACAAAUCCCUGAAGUCUAAUUUGCAUGAAAACGGUAGGCUGGAAACAUUGAAUUUGGAAUUCAGUUGAAUAAACUCACAUUUUCAAGAGGGUAGUUGUGUUAAUAUUGCACACUAUCCACCAAAUAUUCAAACUAAGCACACUAAGUGUUGUUUUGUUUUUACCACUAUGGCUGAGCCUUGAUAUAAUGUGGGUAGUAGAAACACAUCAGAGACAGAAAGUACAAUGUGAGAGUGACAGACUCAGUGCAGGGAGAUCUACAUUCAAAUUUUUGCAUGGUCAUGUUAUUGAAUGGAUCUUGGGCAGUCAUGUACAGGGUGAUCAUAGAGAUAAAUUAAGAGUGGAAAGUGGUUAUGCACAUUGCUCGUGUCAUAAGAUUGAAUCUCUUUUAUCCAGAAUUCCAAAAUUGGAAAUGCUCGAAAAUUCAGAAUCAUCGAUGUGGUGGACUGAGAUAGAAACAUUUGCUUUUUGAUGAUUUAAUGCACAAAUGUUGUUCCUUGCAUAAAAUUAUUAACAAAAAUAUUGUAUAAAGUAUUUAUGAAACAUAAUUAAUAUCAUGUUUAGACUUGGGUCCCAUCUUCAAGAUAUAUAUAUGCAAAAAAUGCAAAACCGAAACACUCCUGUUUCCAAGCAUUUCAGAUAAGAAAUAUUCAACAUGUACAAGUAAAUGAUAUUUCAUAAUAACCUUCUGUUUCACACAGAGAGACUCUAGUAAUAUUUUCCCAUGUCACUCUAGUUUUCUGCCAUCACAUUUUAUGUGACAAAGAACUAGAUAUUUAUGAGCAUAUCACAAGAAGCCAUCACAAGUGAGACAUUGUCAUUUGAGUCACUGGAAAAAUGUUGCACGAAAAUUAAGGCGAAUUGUGGAAAUUGAAGUGAGAUGGGGAAAAUAUAAUUUCCAUCAGAAAAAUAUACUGUUAAAUAAUUUAUUACAAUUAGAAAAUAUUCUACUUUAA